AUGGCCGAGGAAAAGAAGACCGCCACCAUCAAGAUCUACCGCGACAAUGUGCCCCGAAUCACCAUCAGCUACAAGAACAAGAAGGAUCUUUUCAAGACCUUCCAGAAGAAACUGAAAGAACUCGAUCUUCCUCCCGGUGAGAUCUAUUUUGCCGACUGGGACAACGAGCGCUCCAUAAUCAAAACUGCCGAUGACCUUUUUGGAGCUGUGGAAAGCAACCCUAACUCAAAAAUGUACUACCGCACUUUUGAGAACAAGGAACCGUUCACCUGUCUCAGCUCCGAUGAGGACGACGAUGAGGGUGAGAAGGAGCUUGAGAAAGAGGAUGAGCCUAAGCCCCGCUCCCCUUCUCCCGCGCGCAGACGUCACCGCUCCAGAUCGGUGUCCUACCAUGGAUCUCGUCGCCACGGUCCACCCUCAUACGACCAGAUGCCGUGGAAUUUCCCUCCCUGGAGCUACAUGAUUGACCCAAGAUACGGGCCAAUGCCAUUUCCUCCAUAUCUACAACCAUCUUCCAAAAGCCAUCGCCGCAGACGUGAGAGGAGCCAUCACUGCAGCUGUGAACGCCUCUGCAGGGACUUCGGCAAUAUGUGA